AAAUAACGUUCCUUUUACCGAUUUUGAUCUCUACGUAAAUGAUACCGCUCGAGAUGUAAGAAAAUAUAUGGAUCCGCAAAAUAUGGUUUCACAAUAUUUUGAUAUUAAUGAUUUAGGAAAUCGCAUCCAUAUCCUUGUUCAUCAAAGAUAA